AUGAUAUUUUGUCAGACUUGGUCAGAAGUUGCUCAAAAACAAGUCGGCGUGGGCUCCCGCCUGCCAAGCACCGGAAGUAGAAGGAAGACUGCAGAGCACAGGCUCCCGGAGCUGGGCCGGCGUGGGCUCCCGCCUGCCACGCACCGGAAGUGGGAGGAAGACUGGGGAGCACAGGCUCCCGGAGCUGGGUCGGCGUGGGCUCCCGCCUGCCAAGCACCGGAAGUAGGAAGACUACGGAGCACAGGCGGAGGAAGAGGAGCUAGGCCCACUUCAGACAGGCCGGGUGUGACUGACCCUCUCUCGGACCUGCCUCCCCACAAGCAGACUCUCUUGGGUUGGGUGCGGCCUCGUCAGCCGCUCCCUGGCGGCUCUGCCCAGAAACUGGAGCGGAUCUCUGACCCCUGCCGAAAGAGCUACCUUGCUGGCAUUUACCCAGCCUGCGGGCAAGCUCGCCCAACCCAGCCCAGCCCGGCAGCUCUCCCCCACCCGCCUCUGCUGUGGUGGGGAAUAAGGACUCACCUGGAAGUUCCAAGUCGCCACCCACCGCCACCUGGAGCAUUGGAGUCCUCUCCUGAGGGACUAAGGCCGGUCACAGGACCCCAAACAGCAUCGCAGCUUGUACCUUCCGGCAAGCGCCUGCUACUGACAGCUGUCAACCGGGUGGCAGGUUUCAAAUGGAAGGAGACUGAUUAUGAGGAUAAGGAGGGCUACUUCAAAUGUUUUAUGUCAUGAACAGCCGGUGGUAGCCACAGUGAAGAAAUACAUUUUCUGGCAGCUGUGAAUGCUAUCCUGGAUACAUACAAUUCCCUAAAGAAAUUAAACCAUCUGGGUAUU